UGCCCAUACUUCGCAUGUCGACUCCCCUCCGCGCUUAAAUCGGGCUCCCUUCUUCCUUGUCGUGUCCAACUGAGUUUUGAGUUCCUCACUAAAAGGUCGCUCUGUCAGCUGCUGGGGGAAAGAAGAAGAUGGGGAAGAUCGAAUGGGCAAUGUGGGCCAACGAGCAGGCGCUGGCGUCUGGACUCAUUCUCCUCACAGGUGGUAUAGUCGGAGUGGCAGGGCAGUUCAGAGGCUGGCAGUUCGCUGCUUAUGCUGUAGCUGCAGGGUUUUUUGUCUGCUUGCUUGAGUACCCUCGCAGCAAAAGGUCAAAAGGCACAAGUGUGGAAAGAUCAGGUCAGUACUGCUUCACUGUGUGUGUGAAAGCCUUCGGGCCGCUGACAAGGAACUACUAUGUCAGAGCGUUCCUGCAUGCUGCCAUUUGUGUCCCUGGAGGGUUUAUGCUUGCAACGGUCCUCGGGUGUGUCUGUCUGGGCAUUGCCAGCCUCAUCUACCUUGCAGCUGCGAUCCGAGGAGAGCAUUGGGAACCCAUUCUCCCUAAGAAGCAAGAAACAAGGAAGCCGAUUGAAAGCAUCAAGCAGCCCCCGAAGGAUCCUCCGCCAAGACCAGCCAUUGCAGAUGUGCGGCGGAAACACGUAGACGACCUGGAGGCAGCGGCCUAUGACAACCCCAUGACGGUCACCGAUGAGUGAACCAGACAGCAGUGAUCACUAUCUGAUCAGUUACAGAGAUCAAAAAAAUAGUCAGAUGGAUUUACUUCAGCGCUCUGGACAGGGUACUUCCAUUUAUAGUCUAACCUUCUGUGAAGUGUGAGAAAGUCUAAAAUGAAGGAUGUGUCAAUUUCAUAGUCUAAUUUCCUUGAGUUUUUUUGUUUUUUAAUUGCUGUCUGCAUCAACCAAAACGCUUUAAAGUCUGCACACCUUUUACAUUUUGGUUAGUGUGAAUGUAUUUUAAACUAUGUUGCCCUUUAUUUAAAAUGGUAUAUUUGAAGUGAUUCAUAUUACGUGUUUCCAAACAAGAUGGAAUCACUGCUAGCUCUUUUUUUCAAUCUCUUUUAUAUGCCUUUGAAUUCCUCUGAAUUAAAGAGACCUUUAAAGUAAUUCUUGCUGAAGCCUUUUGUGUGAUGUCUUUUUUUUGUGAGCGCGUUGAAACUGCUUGGGCAACUUCUCUCUUUUUUUUGUAAAACAUCCUGUAUUUCAAUACCUGAGAAUUUCCCUGAACCCAGAAGUGUUUUGUAAGCCAGACAAGAGAAAAUGACACUGCUGUUAUUGUGCCUAAUGCUUGACUGAUGAGUUCAGUCAUUCCUUGUCUGACCUUUAUUACUUAUGCAACGCUGUUUUCUCUCUUUUACAGAUGGCUUUUAUGGAAGCUAUUGUCUUAGUUGUCUGAAGAGAAACACUGCAGGGCUUCCUCAUUUUUCUGUGUCUCUGAAACAGCGCUCAACUAUUUAAAGCAUUGAGAAUAACUUUGAAGGCUUGUGUGAGUCUCCCCCCUCCCGGUUGAACUGCUAGGAUGACUCAAUGUUUUGGUCGGAUGUGAUUUUAUUUUAUAUUGUAUUUACUCUCAGGCCUCUCAACAUUAGCUGCCAGCUGAAAUGUAUGUUGUAACUGUUGACGAUUAUUGUUACUCGGGGUGAGACAGGUUCAAACAAAAAUAAUUCAGAUUUAAACAUC